AUGGCGAGCCCCCGCGCAGAAGUACGACGCCUCGAGCGCGUAUCGUCGUCCCAGCUACCCGUACGAUCGCCGCCGACCCGCAGUGACUCUCGCAAACGCUCGCACGACGCGUGCGAGUCGGACUCCCGCAAGCCUUCGGGCAGCCAAACAAAUGGCUUUUCGAGCGCCAAAAAGAGCAGAACAGACGCGCCAAGUGGCUCGACUUGUAGUACCAGCAGCAAAAAGAGUGCGUCGGACCGCUUUAUUCCCACACGCAGCGCCAUGAAUCUGGAUCUCGCACAGUGCAAUUCGCCAGAGACAGCAGCCGCCAUUGAAGCAGUCACCAAGAGCCGGAAUAAGAGCAGUCCCAGUCGCUCAGGGGCGCGCACAGCUUCGAGCACAGCCGCGGAGGACGAGGAAAAGCAGAUAUACAAGAGGCGACUGGCCAGCGCGUUGCUGGGCAAAGAGGACGACUCGAACCACAAGAUCCUCAAGUUCACAAAGGACAAACCGGCGGUAGCUCCGCCCGACUCGUUCAAGUCGACGCUUCAUGCAAGAUUUUCUCACAACAAAGUAGCUGUUGUACCUGCUUCUGCUGCCAAGAAGCUGAACCGCCAUGUUCCGUCGGCACCGAUCAAGGUGCUGGAUGCGCCCGAGUUGAUGAACGACUACUACCUCAACUUGCUGUCGUGGGGGGCCAACAAUGUUUUGGCCGUGGCUCUGGGCCAGUGUGUCUAUCUCUGGAAUGCUGAUACUAGUGAGAUCAAUGAACUCAUGGCUUUGGAAGGAGACGAGUACGUGAGCUCAGUGCAGUGGAGCGAUGCUACGGGCGGCUCGUCUCAUUUGGCUAUCGGAACAAGUGAGUCCGUCGUGCAACUGUGGGAUGUCACUGCCUCGCGUCAAGUGCGAACAAUGAACGGACACUCGUCGCGCGUAGGCGCACUGGCGUGGAAUAGUUACGUGCUGUCAUCAGGAUCGCGGGACAGCAGCAUCAUUCACCACGACGUCCGAGCGCGGCAACAUCAGCUGUCAACGCUGACGAGUCACGAGCAGGAAGUGUGUGGGCUACAGUGGUCUCCGGACGGUACCAUGCUGGCUUCUGGUGGUAACGACAAUGCACUAUGCUUGUGGAAAGCUAGUAGCAUUGGCAGCAGUCGCAGUGUGCAAGCCCCCGCGCACCGGCUAGAGCAGCACACGGCUGCAGUGAAAGCAAUUGCGUGGUGCCCGUGGGAGCGCAAUUUACUUGCCACGGGCGGCGGCACGGCAGAUCGUACGAUCAAGUUUUGGAACACGACAAACGGCGCAAUGUUGAACAGCGUCGACACGGGCUCUCAGGUGUGCUCUUUGCUGUGGUCGGCUACAGAGAAGGAGCUCCUGUCGUCGCACGGAUACUCACAGAACGAACUGUGUUUGUGGAAAUACCCAAGCAUGGCCAAGGUGAAGGAGCUCACAGGUCACACAUCACGCGUGCUGCACUUGGCACCGUCACCUGAUGGCGAGACCGUUGUAUCCGGCGCUGCCGAUGAAACAUUACGAUUUUGGAAGGUAUUCGGUCCCAACCGCAAAGCACGGAAAGCCGGCUCGAGCACUGUUGAGCUGAGCAGUUCGUCGCUAUCGAGUGUCAUGAGCAUCCGUUGA